AUGUCACAUUCAAUGUCUUUUCAACAGAAAAUCAUUCUUAUGAUAUUUGUUUUGGCCAUGAUGACAUACAUCCCUGCCACAGCCAGCACCAUAGAACACUGUCUACGGCUGAAACUAAACCCAACACCACCUCCACCACCGAAUGCAGUCCCAGGAUACCAUUCAGCAUUUGAUUUGAGUCGCAUGGUUUGCAGGGACGUUUUUCGUGCCAUAGGACAUUCAAUGCGAUCAACAAGAAAAUUGCCUUGGCAUUAUUUGUAUGCCCUAUGUAACAUCUUUGGUGAUAAUGAGCAAAAGAUUGAACGUUAUGUUAAAGAUACCUUCAAUCCUCUUGAAUCUAAUAAACUAAUUGAUGGUCGAUCUUGUGCUAUCGUUAGGAAGAAACUAUACCCUAUAUCAGCUACGCAAUUGCCUAAGCUAUAG